UCCAAGAUGGAGGUGUGAGAGGCACGUUUACCAGUUUACUGCGUUGGUUUCUCAAAUUAACAACCACGUUAAGCAAUUUUCACUGCUGAAUUGCACCUGUUUAUCUUGUAAAGCAUUGGAGUAAUUGAAAUCGCUGGGUCGUUUCUAUGCUGAAAGAUCAAGAUGCCUAGGCGGAGCAGAAGCCGGUCGUCAUCUUCAAGGAGCCGUAGUAGAUCAAGAUCAAGGUCCAGAUCAAGAAAAAGGACACCGUCCCCUUAUUACCGUAAAGAUAACAGAGGCAGAAGAAGGUCGCCCCAAAAGUCGGGGUCACCUGGGAGAGGGCGAAGAGCCUCUCCUGCAAGAAGGCCAAGGUCACGUUCAAGGUCAAGGUCCAGAUCAAGAGACAGGAAGAAUGUUUCAGGCAAAUCAUCUGAGGCUAGGAGAGGGAGGUCAAGGUCUCCAAGGGAAGGUUCAGGACAGAAAAGCAAAGACAAAGUACGUGAUCGCUCACAGUCAUCACCUAAUCGUAAUCUAAACACAUCUGGGUCACUGCGCCAUGGUUUACCAACACAAAGAAAUAGGUCAAGGUCGCCUCCACCCAAGAGGAAGCGCACCCCUCAGCCGCGAGACAGAUCACCAAUUCAACGAAAUAUAUCACCCUCACCACAAAAGAGACGACAACAGUCACCACCAGGUGGCAGGUCAAGAGAGUCACCUGAUUCAAGAAGAGCUAAUAGAUCUGUUGAACACAUUCCUGCUGAAGUUCUGCCUCGCGAACGCAGUCCAUUCGCCCCUGGUGAUGCCUACACAGUGCGCGCACCCAACUUUGGCAGCACAAAAACACUCUUAGAUAGCCGAUUUAAAGAUGUCAACUCGGGCUCACGACCCUUCAUCUUGAUGAGAAUAUCACAAUCGGAAUCCAUCGUAAUGUAAGAGGAGAGUCUCCCGUGGUUGCA